GACCGGACGGGACGGGACAGAGCGGUGCUGUGAGGAGCCCCCGCACAGCGCGCUCGUUCGUGCCUGACCCGGAGCUUUUCCGAGGCAUUAUUCCUACAGGUGACCUCGUGGCAAGACCACAGGACUUGGCAGCCCGUGGCCUUCCCGAGGCUUCUCUUUUGAAGUUGCCCUUGAGGACUUGUUCACUUGGAGCUUUCCUGAGCCAUCUCUCUAGAAGGUGACCUCGAGGCCAGACUCUGGCAUGGCGGGCAGAUUUGUCGGUUUGUUCAGAGUGUUCAGGGGGAAGAAAAAGAAAAGCCCUGAAGCUGCCCCAGCACAGGAGCAUGAAAACCCGGAGCAGUUCCAGCCACUGCAGGACAAUGCAGCCCUGGACCGCACACAAGAGAAGGAACCUGCCCGUGGCCGCUUCCGCAAAACUCUGAAGAUGUUCUGGAAGUUCCCCUGCAUUCCACGUAGAAAGACCGGCAGCGCAGCAGCUGAGGGCCCGGCCGAGCCUGGCUCGGGGCUGACCGAGCUCCAGGCAGAGCCUGAUGUCAGCCCAGAAUCGACAGCCCACUCAGGGAACAAUGCAAUCCAUUCUCAGAGGGUGAUGGCUGUUCACAUGGCAAUGGCUGAGAGCGUGGCCAUCACAAACACUGACACCAGAAUGACUCAGGGCAUCUCAAAGACUGGCACCAUGCCCACUCCCACUGUGAUUCAUGCUCCCACUACGGAUUUUCUCAAGGAGAGUGCUGUUCCUUCUCAGCAGCAGGUGCCAGCCAUUGUAAGGAACAUUCACCAGCGUCUCAUGUCCCAAGUCACUGUGGAUGUCUGGCUGAAGAUCGAUAUUGUGAGGCUGGCUGAAGAACACCCUGCUGACCUGGUGCUGACCCUCCUGCGCUGUGCCCCAACAUGUGACAGAGCCGCUGCAAUGAUAUGGAGAACCAUAGGCUCGUCGAGUCCCACAGUGGAAAAGGUGCUGCCAGUGCUGCUCUGUGUGAUGGAGAACUGGCCUCUGCACAGCAUGUUCACCUCUGAUGGAAACUGCGAAGAUGUCUUUGCCCUGGCUGCAACUCUGGUGCUCUGGGUGAUUCUCCAGGUGCCUGAGUGCCAGGAGGCGAUGAACCUUUAUUCCUCCCGCCUGUUUGUGGCUCUGCUCUUCCAUCUUGUCGCCACCACACAGGAGAUAACACCAGAGGAAGUUGCUGCAUUCUGGAGAGCAUGCUGGCAGGCACACCACCUUCACAGCAAGCUCAGGAGGUUUGUAGUGCAGACCAUGAAGGCUCUGCUCUGCCGACUGCAGUGGGACCAUGUGGUGCUGGCUAUGGAGCGCAAGCGUGGCUGGGACACGCUGCUGCGUGCUGACACCCAGCACGUUGCUGUGGGUCUGCUGGCCAGGGAGAUGCGGCGUGUCUCCAUCCCUUUUUGUUCUCACACCGCACUUCACUUGCUCUGGCACCUCAGAAAGGAGAAGCCAUUCUAUGAUCUGAUCUUGCUGACAGUCCUGGUGGAGGUCCUCGAGUGCCUGGACUUGAGUAAAUGUCGUGGCAGCGCUCUGAAGACCAUGUCAAGGUACCUCUGGAGUGAAUGCUGUCAUAGGCAUCACCUGGCGCUCCGAGGCCUCGCAGUGCUCACCAAGGAUCCUUGGAUGGCCAGAAGAAUGUACCUGUUGUCUCAAAGGCUUCUGGAGCUGCUGGGGGCUCCAGAUAUAGAGGUGGUCAGCAUGAGCCUCCGUGUGUUCAUGAAUGUGCUCCAGCACCAAAACAUCCUGGUAUCCAGCACCACUGCCCCAAAGCUGACUGAGGCACUCCUGCUGCUCUUUGACCACGACAACAGCCAUGUGCGCUUGCUCUCCAUUCAACUCUUCUGUAAGGUGAUGGAAUUGGUAGUGGAUGAGGGAAAAAAGCCCCUGAAGACAAUUGUGAACAAGAGCCUGUUGGCACUUUUUAUCUACUGUCAUGAUGAGAACUGGCAGGUGGCAAAGGCUUCUCGGGAAACGCUGCUUGGUGCGGCCGAGUUUUUGAAGAAGAGGAAUCUCAAGAAGCUGCUGAAGAAGGAGCAGCUGUCAAAGUUUGCCGAGUGCCUGGUAAGGAGGGCCGGGAAGCCGCAGCCCCAGCCUGGAGAAGCCCCCUGAGCGCGGUGCUCGGUGUGCAGGCUGGCAGCUGUG